UAGACAAAGUAUUUUAAGGUGAAGGACGUGAACAUGAGAUACCUUUAUUUACAUUGAAAUCACGACUUUAUGGCAAAAUCACCGUUUGGAAAUAGAUUAAGAAUUAUUAGCAGAUGAGAUGUCGGUUUGGAUGCUGAAUGAUGGUGACAGAUGAAUUAUUGGACAAGAAGUUGGAUUUAAUUGACUCUUAAGUAUUUAACGCUAGCGUUUCUUAACGGCAGUGUUAAAUAGCAUGAGCAACAACAAUUUAACCAUUAGGUAACGGUCAUUUAUGGGUUUAACGGAUGAUUAAGUAUUUGAUCCAAGCAUAGAUGAUUUACCAGAGUACAAAACAGUUCACUAUGACUACAAAGAAGUGGUUCAGUCCCUGCUGGAUGCCUUCAUGAAGGACACGAAACUGUCAAAUGACCAGGUCAUAUUGGCCCUCAAAGAGAGAUGUGUUUCAGGGACUGUUUGAGCUAGUACUAGCUAUGGAGGACUAUGCCAUAUUUGUGACAAUGAUGACACAGAAGAACAUUGAGCUACAACAGCAGGCUCUGAUGUUGAUUCUGAAGCAACAGGGGGCAUUACCAGAUAGCCUGAUGGAAGGGUCAGUGACGACCCCGCCCCCAGCCCCGCGACCCCAAGAUAAUGAGGAAGAAAUCAUGCGCAAAGUUCUUGAGCAGUCAAAGCGUGAAUAUGAGGAGGAGCAACAGAAGCGGAUCAAGCGACAGACGACGAAGGACAAGGAUGAGAUGGCCAGCACCAUUGCCAUCUCUAAGCACGAGUUCCUGCAGCUUGAGAAAAACAAGAAGUCUGAACAGGAAAAACUUAACCAAGCAAUGGUAGGGCUGUCACUGCAGGGUACUUCAGAAGGUCCCACCACCAAGGCCAUGGCCCCCCUCAUUCCUGUUCCCACCCCGGCCCCGGCAAAACCACAGGUGGAAAAGAAACAACAGCCUGUGAUUGGCACCCCUGGUGUUAAGCAGACCCAGCCAACAGUGACUGUAACAACCCCCGGAGGGGCUACCGGUACCAUGCCCAUUGGAGCUGGGACUUCAGAUGGCACAUCAGGGCUCUCCCAAACCGUGCUGGGCCAAGGGCUUCUGCCCCUGACCUCUGUCCCAUCCAAGGUGUCAAGUAGCGAGGCUGCUGCAAACUGGCUGAAAUCAGCACAGACGGAGAGUUCUGGAGGAGAUCAGGCUGUGCAGAAAGCAGCGGCUGCGAUGGCGGGCAUGAGUGCAGAUGAAAUCAAGAAGCGUCAGGAGUACCUGCGACAGCAGAGGGACAAAUUGAUCGCAAUGAAGAAGGCAGAGCGGGAGAAACAGCUUCUAACGGCUGAACAAAGCAAUCCAGAGCGUCCGGCCUCCGCUCGCGCCUCCAGACAGACACUCAAGGGAGAUAAACAAGAGGAGAAAAUACCUGUAAUCUCAGAGGAGGAACAGAAGAAAAUAGAAAUGAGACGACAGAUUGCAAACAAACUGAAGGCAGAAUUAAUGGGGAGUAGCAAUUGAGAUUGGAAUGGGUUAAUAGGCUGUGUAUUUUGGCUCGGUUAUUGUAAAAGCAAAUCAUGUGUACUUUUAUGAAAAUACAAUGCGGCUUCUGAAUACCUCAUGGUGUUUCAGGAUUGAUUGAUUCAUUUUAGCUUGUCUGUUUUUAUAUUUAAAAAGUGUAGCUUUUGGAUAGGUGACUUUGCCUAUAUUGUCAUGCAAAAGCUUUACCGUAAUCCUUCGCCAUUACUAAAUAAACACACCAAGAUAUUCAAAUAGAACUUGGUAUACAUGUUGCCAGAGACAAUACGCACAUGUACAGCAAGGCGCAUAUCUCUGACUUUAAACACUAUGUUUCUCUGGCUUCAAAAAUGAUUGAGUUAUGCCCCAGUGUUUGUCUGGUUAUUGUUUUCUUAAAAUUGAAUCUGAGGAGUAAAUGAAAUCAUUUCAAAACUCAAAUAAAGCUGCAUGAAGAAAUGCAUUACCAUAUGUUGACGGAAUAAUGUCUCCAUUUAGAGUAAAAUAUGUUCACGGGUUUGAUUUUGUUACUACUGCAUUAUUUUUUAAAGUUCAUGCUUUGUGUUAAAUGAUUACAUUGUGUUCCAUGGGUUGUACUUUACAGAAAAACCAGUUUCUUCUAUUGAUAUCGACUUUUACAUGUGACAUAUCAGUGAUGACUUUCUCUUGACGUUGACCCGUCCAUGAAACUCUCUACAUUUAACUUUUUCGUUAUUGUGCCUUUGUGAUGUUUGAAAGUUCGUGCAAAAAACCUUUAAUAAAUUCUAAACAAAUCAG